AUGAUCCGUGGCUUUGUCUUCGCGCUGGUUUGGUCUCAGGCUGCAGCCGGACCCCUGAGUGGUCUGUUGGCAAGCCUGACCGGUCCUGAGAAUGCGACUUGCGCCGACACCCAUCACGCUUGUGCUACGAGCUUUGCUGCCUUCUUCCCGGAGACCGCAGCCACGCAUGCGACCGAGCACUUCUUGCCGGACAUCUCCAGCUCCUCUGUGGCAGAUGCAAGCGCCGCACACCAUGAUGGGCACAUGGAUCAGUUCGACUCCUCUUCCUUGUUGACCGGUCGACGUCCCCGGAUGUUCGUGAGCUUCGAGAAGAAGUGA